AUGGAGAAUCGACGCCUUCAAAGGGUUCUUGGUGGUCGAGCAAGAGCCCGUGGUAGUGGGGGUAAAGCCUUGAAGGUUACUGUGGUGUUUUUGGUCAUACUGUUUAUACUAACGCAGUUGGCGUUCAUGUCGAGUACCAGUGAUGAGAAAGAUGCUACGGACCUUAUACAUUCCUCAUGGGUACUCGCCAUCCUUAUAAUCGCUACUACAGUGGUAUGCGGGGUCACUGUAUACUCCUGUUAUCAGACCCCUGAGCACGUAACGGGAAAGUUGGCCUUGGCUGUGUUGUAUUUAGCGAUGAUGUGGUACCUUUGGGUGUUCGACUAUCAGGCAAGGCGACCGAGUUUAUUCUCUGAUUUAACCUCAGGAGAGACGACAGUGAUUGGUUGGUUUUUGGCCCUGGAGUUCAUCAUCUUUGUGGCGUACGUUAUCACUCAUUGGUUCUACCCGUUUAUAGUGUCCAAACUGGAGUUGUGGCCUACGGGGGCGAAGCUCUGGUUCCGAUUCCGGCAAGUUGAGUCGCCACAUAGAGAUUCUGUGAAGUUUUCCUACCGCCCCAGUGGAAUAUUCGGGAUGGAUAUCCGCAUGGGUAUGGGGUGUGGUCCGACGAUUCGUACCAUGGAGAAUGCCUCCUGGGUCGAUGGCGACACGGAGUGCCUGUCGGACCGUUCACAUCCCGAGAACGAGGCUACUCUCUCUCCUUCUUGUUUUAACCCUAAGCGAUACUAG